AUGCCGCUGGUAUAUGACGAAUUGUACUACAAUAAUUGCACGUCGAACGCUCUUCUCUACAACGAGUCUCGAGAUAAGUGUGAAUUGUCCAUUACAAUUUGCGGAAUCGGCAACACUACAAUGCUCAUCUUAGUUAUCACUUUCGGCUCCAUUGGUUUCCUAGGAAACGCUGCUUUCAUUUUCGUUGUCGGCAGAGUUGAAUCAAUGCGAACCUUGCCAAACUAUUAUAUAAUCAAUUUGGCGGUUGCUGAUGUGCUAUGUUUGAUUAGCUUUUUGCUACAACCUCUGGUGUACCCGUUUUCAUUCGCCGACACAGACACCUUCGUGUUCCUGAGGUCGUUCAUGAUGGACACUGGUACUUUCACUUCUAUUUUAACAGUGGCCAUGAUUAGUGUUGAUCGCUAUAACGCACUGUGUAGACCAAUGCAGCCCAGUGGAGAUCAUUACAAAGUGCGCGUGCUGGCAAUGAUCACCAUCACUUGGAUCGUCGGGCUACUAUUGGGGCUCUGCGAGUACCUAGUUGUCACUGUGUUAUACGGUCGCAUCGCUGCAACAGUAAUCAUUUCGAUAUUUGCCUGUGUGACUGUAUUUUUCCUGCUUUUUGUGAUACUCCUCUAUAGUUUGAUUGCAAAGGAAUUUGCCGUGAAAUGUCUGCAAAGAGCAUCGGAGGGCGUGGCCCAUGCACCGGCGCGACUGAGAGAAGAGCGACAAGUCCUGGGUAUUUGUUUAAUUAUCGUCGUGGUGUUCUUUGUAUGCAUUGCUCCAAGUGUAUACAUUCUCUUAAUAUCAACGAUCACAUUUUUCUACCCUGAUGUAGCUUUCAAUAGCGAGUUUGAUUACUGCAUGAUCACUCUUUCCCCAGUCAUGAUGAUUAUUAACUUUGCCCUUAACCCGUUUGUGUACAACCUUCCAAGUGGUAAUCAUCGUAUCGCUUUCAGACUGGCAUUCUCUCGUCGACUGGCUCAGCAGUACGCGCAGUGCCAAUACGCAGCACAUCGCUCACGGUCAUCCACGAAAAAUGUAGAGAUUAGUGGCGGAAGUAUUGUUCACGUAGAUCCUCAACUCGGAAUUCAGAUGAAUAUUUUAACAUCUCUCUGA